CCCUCUUUUAAAUUGAUUUCGAUUGUUUUUGGGGAGUUAAACGAAAAACGCUCCAGUUUGAUUAUCUAAAAUUAAGAUCUAGAGAGAGAGAAUAGAACCAGUGAAAGGGAGAAGAUUAUGGGGGAGGGGGAUUGCAGGCCUUUGGGGUUCUUGAUUGGCCUUCCGUUUGCUCUUGUGGCUCUGGUUUUGUCUCUUGUUGGUGCUGUUAUUUGGGUUAUUGGGACUGUGUUGAGUUGUCUAUGCCCUUGCUGCAUUUGUUUUGCUGGACUUGCAAAUUUGGCGAUGAGUCUCAUCAAGCUUCCUGUUAAGAUAAUUAGGUGGUUCAUUGAUUGUAUUCCUUGUUAGUUAAUUAAUUAAAUUAACUUUGUGUUACUAAUUAAUUUUUUGAUUAGUUUGUGAUGAGAAUUUGAGAUUGGUUAGUUGUUAUUCUCUUUUUCCAUUAAUGCUUGUAAUUGUUGAAAUUUUUUUGAUUCAAGUGAUUGAGUAAUGUUGAUCCCAAUAAAGAGCCACGUUAUUACUUUC